UUCAUCCUGACGGGACCCUGUUCUUCGACGCACAGCAAAUUGGAGAGCUGUGCUGUUGGAUAGAAGUGUUUAGCUACUUAAUUUUGCAUUUUUUUAUUUUUUUUUCUACCGCAUUGUAUAAACGCACAAUAUAGGGACAUACUCUACCUCAACUCAUAUGCGAUGGCAGGGAACUUCUGGCAGAGCUCACAUUAUCUGCAGUGGGUCCUCGACAGACAGGACCUGAUGAAGGAGCGGCAAAAAGAUCUCAAGUUUCUGACAGAGGAAGAGUACUGGAAACUACAGAUCUUCUUUGCUAACGUAAUCCAGGCCUUGGGGGAACAUCUGAAGCUCAGGCAACAAGUUAUCGCCACGGCAACAGUAUAUUUUAAGCGUUUCUAUGCCAGAUACUCUCUGAAGAGUAUCGACCCAGUCCUCAUGGCACCUACGUGUGUAUUCCUGGCAUCUAAAGUGGAGGAAUUUGGUGUCGUCUCCAACACUCGCCUGAUCUCAGCGGCAACAUCUGUGUUAAAAACAAGAUUCUCCUAUGCCUUCCCCAAGGAAUUUCCUUAUAGAAUGAAUCAUAUAUUGGAGUGUGAGUUCUACUUGUUGGAGCUCAUGGACUGCUGCUUGAUCGUGUACCACCCCUACAGACCACUGCUGCAGUACGUGCAAGACAUGGGGCAGGAGGACAUGCUGCUACCACUGGCCUGGAGGAUAGUGAAUGACACGUACAGGACUGAUCUGUGCCUACUCUACCCUCCCUUUAUGAUUGCCCUUGCCUGCCUCCACGUAGCCUGCGUGGUGCAGCAGAAGGAUGCCCGGCAGUGGUUCGCCGAGCUUUCCGUGGACAUGGAGAAGAUCCUGGAAAUUAUCAGAGUCAUCCUCAAGCUCUAUGACCAGUGGAAGAACUUUGAUGACAGGAAGGAGAUGGCGGCUGUCCUCAACAAGAUGCCAAAGCCCAAACCUCCACCAAACAGCGAGAACGACCAGAGCUCCAACGGGAACCAGAAUUCAUCUUACAGCCAGUCGUAGGCGCUGCCAGCGUCCGCGGGAUGAAAACGCAGGGACGACGAGGCUGCGGACUGUUACACACACCCUUUCCCAGAGGCCGCCUCCAACAUGCACACCUGACCACGCCCCUCUCUCUGCUUCAGCUCUGUAGCUCGCGCACAAUUCACAGGAGACGACCUACCUGUCAGGCAAUGGCCACUGACCAAUGGGAAGCCCUCGAACCGUGCGUUGCCUGGCUACUGCCAAAGGGAGUCCUCUGUGUUGCCUGGUUACCAUGUGCAUCGGGAGGAAGUCGCAGUACACUGCGUUGCUGUCACGGGGGAGCACCUAUCUAUGAUCCUGACUUCCUUGAAAAGCCCCACAGAGCUGUAAUUUGAGAUCUUGGUGUGAAUCUUGGUGUUAAUGAAGGUGAGGUAGUGUCUGGAUUUGAAGCUCUGGG